AUGAAUACGACAUCAAACACUGUUAGUAGUACUCUUUUGGCUUUACCUUAUCAAUUGAACAUAUGUAUUGGCUUAUUUAUUUGGGUGACAGGUAAUAUUGGUUGUAUUGGAAAUGCAAUAGUAUUUAGUUCUCGAACACUCAGUAAACGAGCUUAUGCCGUAUAUUUAUUAUGGGAAGCUCUGUCUGAUUUUAUUUAUUUUAAUUUUCUAUUGUUGACACGAAUACUUCAAAAAGGAUUUCAAAUUCCAAUAACUACAAAUUAUGAAAUUAUCUGCAAAUUGCGACAUACUCAAAAUGGAAUAUGUGCUCCUCGAUCAGGCAUUUAUGCCACUUUUGAUAGUUACGUUGAAGCAAUUUUUACAGCAAUGGGUACACCAAUAGUGAUGAUUGUACUUGCUUUUUUAUUGAUACGAAGUGUCCGAAGCGUUAUUCAACGACGCAUUGCGCCUGAUAACAAUGGAUCACUAGUUAUCAUUGUACAAGGAUCAAUUCUUCAACAGAUCGAUUCCCGACUUACAUUGAUGCUCAUAUUACAAUUAACUAUUGCUAUAAUGACACGCAUCCCAUAUGCAGUUCAAGUUAUCUAUACAAAUAUAACUCAAAAUUGGUCAAAGUCAGCUUUACAAAUUGCUAUAGAAAAUGCCAUAGUGGAAUUCAUUCAUUUAUUGUCAUACACAUUUUUUACUUCUAGUUUCUACGUAUCGUUUAUUUCAAAUAGUGCUUUUCGUCGACAAUUUAAAAAAUUCUUUCGAAAAUCACAGCAUGAUGAUCUUAGAAUUCCUACAAAUUAUACUCGCCAUAUUAAUAAAAUUAAUAACAUACAACUGACAUAA